UCUGGCGAUUAUUAUGUGGGAAAUUGCAGCAGGUGUACCACCUUAUAUGAAUAGAGGUAUUGGUCAAUCAGUUUUAAGUAAAAUUGUUGAUGAUUGGGGCACAGAAGUGCGUAAAAUUGGUUUAGGUAAAGGAAUUGAGAAAUUGGGUAAACAACAUCAAAUGGUUGAAAAAAGAUUUCAAUGUUUUAAAAAAACAGUAUUAAAACAGUUUUAUGCUUCAGUUAGACCUAUUAACAUCCCAUCAUGGCAUAUUCUCGAAAAAGUUGGGUUUACAUAUGCGAAAUCUGCAGUAGAAAAUGCUGAUGAUCCAAUUGAUUUUAAUGUUAAAGGUUUUGAUUUACCUUCGUUAGAUCAUUAUAGUCAACUUGAAUCUUUCAUUGAAGAACUUUACAAAAAGCAGGAGAUAAAAGUUGAUAAACGCUAUUUUAUGAUUAAUGAUAAUGAUAAAAUUUAUACAUUUAAUAGAAUGUCCGACGGUAAAAUAAGAUUUCAUUAUGAAAAAGAAAUUUGUUAA